CGGUGGGGAAGGAUGGAGUCGUCGUUCUCCAAGCGACCUCUAUUUGCCUCGGGUAGAGCUCUGUCAGUGCAUUUACCCCGCAAAACAGAGUCAGUGUAAAAUACUCGCCGACGCUCCAGCCAAUAAUGAAACCCCAAGCUCUCCUCAAAUGGAUCUAGUCGAAUGGGGAGACUGCUAUUCAUAUGAUCCCUCCUCGGCACGUGCAGGGGGGGUAUUAUACAUAACCAAGACCAAGAAGGAGCGUCAAGAAGAAGAAAGGACUCUACUGCAACUCUGUCCCUAGCAUCUGAAAACCUCACCCUUGAGGCUUGCUGCUGUCAACUGUUAUUUGUUACCUCUGCGGGCGUUAUUAUUUGCGCGCGCGAAGGAAAGACGAGCCACGCGACAAUACAGACACCCCCAGUGUUCUCACAUUAACCGCCAAAAUGGACAAGAAGCUACUCAAAGCGUUCAUCGCGCAACAGGAGCUCGCAUCCGUCGCGGUCUUGACCCCGGAUUAUGACAAAAGUGAUCACUCAGCUUCGCGGAAGAGCCAUGCGAAUGCGGCUGUUGUAAUCAUCGGCGCGGGUAUCUCAGGAAUGUGCAUGGCCAUCGAUAUGAUCCGAAAGAACAAAUCGAGAGAUUUCAUAAUUCUCGAGAGGGGAAGCCAGGUUGGGGGGACUUGGGCUGAUAAUAAAUACCCAGGAGCAUGUUGCGAUGUUUGGAGCCACUUAUAUUCUUACUCGUUCGAACCCAACCCAAACUGGUCGCGCCAAUACCCUGGCCAGGAGGAGAUCUAUGCCUACCUCGUCGGUGUCGCAGAGAAAUGGGGCUUGUUCAAGCAUAUCCGAUUCAACACGUCUGUUGACGAGGCAGUCUGGUCGGACAAGGAGAGCAAAUGGACGGUUAAUGUCAGCGUCUCAGGCGAGAAGUCGGCACAAUACGGCGCUGCGUACUCGAUUAAGAGCGAUUUCCUCGCCUCUGGUGUAGGCCAGCUGAACACCCCGCAAUACCCUGACAUCGAAGGGCUGGAUACCUUCGAGGGCAAGAUGUUGCAUUCCGCGAGAUGGGACUGGAGUAUCGACCUUGAAGGCAAGAAGAUCGGGAUUAUUGGCAACGGCGCUACUGCCGCACAGAUCAUCCCGGAGGUGUCCAAGGUGUGCAAGAAUUUAACGAUAUUCCAGAGGACGCCGAACUGGGUCGUUCCUCGUGCCGACGAGGUUCUUGGCCCAAUCAUUCGGUCAGCGUUUAAAUACGUACCUGGCCUACGCGCGCGAUACAGAGCUAUCCUCAUGGAUGUUAGAGAAAACUUCUUCGACUCGAAUAUGCGAAAGAAUACGGAAGAGAACGACCACGUGCGCGAGUGGGCCAUUUCUCUGUUGAAGAAACAGAUUCCUGGCCGGCCCGAUCUGUGGGAGAAGCUUACGCCAAAUUACUCCCCUGGCUGCAAGAGAAUCCUGAUGACCGAUAAUUUACUUCCUUCUUUGGCUCAGCCGCAAGUCUUCAUUGAGACGACGCCCAUCCAGCGCAUCACACCCGCAGGUGUUGAGGUGGAGGGGAAGCUACACGAGUUUGACAUUCUCAUCCUCGCGACCGGUUUCCGCGCAACUGAAUUCAUGUACCCAAUCAAGAUUCGCGGUGCCGACGGCCGCUCCCUCGAAGACAUCUGGAGGGGUGGUGCGCGCGCCUUCCGCGGCGUGACGGUCGAGUCUCUACCUAACUUCGGCAUGACAUACGGACCAAACACGAAUCUCGGACACACGUCCAUUAUCCUGAUGAUUGAGGCACAGUCGCGGUACAUCAGCAGUAUGAUUGGGAAGGUGCUCAAGGCCAAGAGCCUCGGAAAGCAAAUAGCCAUCAAGCCGCGACCAGAGGUGGUGCAGGCUUACAACGACAUGGUCCAGGAGAGGAUGAAGGACUUGACGUUCUCCGACUCGAGCUGCAAAAGUUGGUACAAGACUGGAGACGGCCUGGUCACCAACAACUGGUGCGGAACUGUCGUCGAGUACCAGAAGAGGCUGUCGCAAAUCGACUGGGUUGGCGAGUACGACAUCUCUGGAUCGGGUAGCGACGUGGCUGUGAAGCGUGGCAAGGAGAACAUCGGAAGAGUUGUGGAGGAGACCGUGGUUCCUGUGAUUGCGAUUACGACCUAUGUGACUCUGGCGGCAGCACUUACCCUGGGCUACAAGGCGGCAUCGAAGUCGCCGGCUGUGCAGAAGUUUGUUGCGAACUUGUUUUGAUCAUAGGUGGUGGUGUAGGCAAUAGUUAAUUUCCCAACUUCCUGAGAUAUGUAGAUUAUUUUUGUGUUAUUCGCUGUGUGCUUUGACACUUCGACGAGGGAAGCAAUUGAUAGACUUUAAG